GCCUUCGUCACGUGUUUCUCACGAGUCGGUUGUCGUUUUCUGCGUGGGACAGAGGGACAGGGAGAGUUUCGGGACAGAAGAUUUGAUCUCAAGAAACCCUAACUUUCCUAAGUCGCGUUGCGAGCCAUUGUCGCCGCAACUGCUGUGCUUCGUUCUUCUUCAGCAACCAUCGUCUCCUUCACGUACGCGUCUGUCUCCUCCUCCCUGUGCGUCCGGUGUGCGUCGACCGGCACUGUGACUGACUUCGAUUAAAGGUACGCCACCAUCCGCCUCUGUCCCUUCUCCAUCUAUCUCAUCUGUGGGUCUCUGUUCUUUACUUCUUUGGCCGUCUCUGUCCCGUCUGCAUCUCUGAAGGCUGUUGGCCACGUCUGUGGUUCGCGAGCUGCUGUUGCAGAGUUGCAGUGUCGUUGGUGAAGCUGAAGCUGCGUGGUGGUGUUCUUGUUCUUCUUUAAUUUCACGAAAAUGAGUAGAGAAGCUAGUGUUGGUGGGUCUGGUGAAGCAAGCUCCAAUAGUGGUGCAGCCACUCCAAGCGUAGCUUCCACAACUAGUGGAACUUCAGAUUCCAAAAGAUUGGCAGUGAAUGCUCCUGGAAAUAGAUCUGAUCCAGGUUGGAAACAUGGAAUUGCAGUUGAUGAAAAUCCAAAGAAAGUGCAAUGCAAAUACUGUCAAAAGGUGAUAAAUGGAGGGAUUUAUAGACUCAAGCAUCAUUUGGCAGGAACACAAAAGGAUGUUGGAGCAUGCAAGGCUGUUAGUGAUGAUGUAAGGAAGGAAAUGUGGAAAAUUGUAUCCUCAUUGCAAGAAAAUUUAAUAAAGAGGGCAAAGGAGAUUGAAGGAAGAUCAAGUGAUUCAAGUCCUCUUGGCCAAUAUGAAGAUGAGGAGGUGGAGGGUGCAAAAAGACAAAGGCGAGAAAUUGCAAAGAAUCCUGCUGAUCUAUUCAAGAAAAGGGGUGUGAGUAGUCAAACUACCAUCAAUGGCAUUUUCAAGAAGAAUUUGAGGGAGGAAGCUUGCCAAGGGAUUGCCUCUUUUUUCUACAAUAAUGCUAUACCUUUUCAUGUGGCAAAAAGUGAUGAAUUCAAGAAGAUGCUAGACUUGGUUGCAAGACAUGGUAUUGGCUUUAAGCCUCCAUCCUACCAUGAGAUUAGAGUCAAGUAUUUGAAACAACAAGUUGAUUGCACCAAAGAAGUUAUAGAGCAGCACAAAGCAUUUUGGAAGAAAAUGGGAUGCACAAUUAUGACUGAUGGGUGGACAGAUAAGAGGAGGAGGACUAUAUUAAACUUCUUGGUUAAUAGUCCUAUGGGAACCAUUUUUUUGAAGUCAAUUGAUGCAUCUGAUAUAUCUAAAACAGCUGACAAGAUUUUCAAGUUGAUGGAUGAAAUUGUUGAAGAAGUUGGUGAAGAGAAUGUAGUGCAAAUUGUCACAGACAAUGCAGCAAACUACAAAGCAGCCGGGGAGAUGUUGAUGGGGAAGAGAAAGAGGCUAUAUUGGACGCCUUGUGCAGCUCAUUGCAUCGAUUUAAUGUUGGAGGAUUUUGAAAAAAAGAUACCAAUACAUAAAGAGACAAUUGCACGAGGUAAAAAGAUCACAACUUACAUCUAUUCAAGGACUGCGCUUAUUUCUCUAUUGCAUCAUUUUACCAAAGAAAAGGAUUUGAUUAGACCAGCCACUACCCGUUUUGCCACAUCUUACUUGACUUUGGGUUGCUUGAAUGACAAUAAGGGAGCAUUGAUUAGAAUGUUUACAUCCAAAGAAUGGAAAUCUAGUCAAUUUGCAAAGACUAAAGAUGGAAAGGUUAUUGAAAAUGUGGUAAUGGAUAAGGACUUCUGGAAAAGCAUUAUUACAUGCUUGAGGAGUGCUUAUCCUUUGAUCAAAGUCCUUCGUUUGGUAGACUCAGAUGAGAAGCCUGCCAUGGGGUUCAUUUAUGAGGAAAUGGACAGGGCCAAAGAAAAGAUACAAGCUGCCUUUAAUGGUAUUAAGAAAAGUUACUUGCCUCUAUGGGAAAUUAUAGAUGCAAGAUGGGAUAAUCAACUACAUCGGCCUUUGCAUGCUGCGGGCUAUUACCUUAACCCUCAAUUUCAUUACAGUCCUAAUUUUAAAGCUGACUUUGAAGUGAAAAGAGGAAUAUAUGAUUGUCUACAAAGGAUGGUUGAAAGUAUGGAAGAAGUAAAGAAGAUUGAUGCUCAACUGGAAGACUUCAAAUAUCGAAAGAAAUUCUUUGGUAGUGCAGUAGCCACUUGUGGAAUUGAAACCAAAACUCCAGCACAAUGGUGGGAAUCAUAUGGUUAUGAACAUCCUGAGUUGCAAAAGUUUGCUAUUCGUGUUUUGAGCUUGACAUGCAGCUCAUCUGGCUGUGAGAGGAAUUGGAGUGCAUUUGAGAUGGUCCACACUAAGAGAAGAAAUCGUUUGAAGGCAAAAACGAUGAAUGAUGUAGUCUUUGUGAUGGCUAAUUCAAAAUUAGCCAAGAAGAAGGAAUUGAGGAAAGUCAAUGACUAUAGCAUUGAUGACCUAGCUUCUGAUGAUGAUUGGAUUGUGGAUGAUAGUGAAAAUUUAGAUUUGGAUGCUUCAAAUGAAGAUUUGGUUCCAGUUGAAGAAGGACCUAGUAGUGGAGCACCUCAUGAUGAUUUGGAGCUGCCUAGUUAUGAUGAUGAUGAAGUUGAAGAAGGUGGAGAUGCCAUGGAGGAUGCUGGAGAUGAAGAACACAUGGAGGAUGAUUAUGAAUUCAUGAAUUUAUGAAGUUUAGAACUUGACUAUUAUUUUUCAUGUUGUAGACUUAUAUGUUAUCUAAAAUUUGUGACUUAUGACUUAUUUUAUGUGUGGAUUGUAGAAGACCUUAUAAAUGUUUAGUUUAAUCAAAUGUUUAAUGUGUUUUUGAGGUUAUUAAUCUUAUCUAUGUUAUUUUCUAUGAGUAUAUAUAUGUUUAUAUAUAAUUU